CCCCCACGCAGCCCCGGGGGCGGGACUAGGGCGCGGAGCGCUCGGGGCAAGGUCCGGGGCGCCUCGCUCGCGCUCCGCCAUGGGACGGAGGGUGCAGAGGGGACGAGCCACAGCCGCCGCCAGGGCCUCCUGGCCGGCUCUGGUCACUGCGUGCCUGCUUCUGAGGACUUGCGAGUUCAAAACCGCCCAUGCCUCGAAACCCAACAUUCUACUGAUCAUGGCGGACGACCUCGGCAUCGGGGACCUCGGUUGCUAUGGGAACCGCACACUGAGGACGCCCCACAUCGACCGGCUGGCGGAGGAAGGCGUGCGCCUCACCCAGCACCUGGCGGCCGCCCCGCUGUGCACCCCGAGCCGGGCCGCGUUCCUGACCGGGAGACACGCUUUCCGAUCAGGCAUGGACGCCAGCGACGGGUACCGGGCCCUCCAGUGGAACGGGGGCUCGGGCGGACUCCCCCAGAACGAAACCACGUUUGCGAGGAUCCUGCAGCGGGCGGGCUACGCCACGGGCCUCAUAGGCAAAUGGCACCAGGGUGUCAACUGUGCCACCCGCGGGGACCACUGCCACCACCCCCUGCGCCACGGCUUCGACUACUUCUACGGCAUGCCCUUCACGCUCGUGAAUGACUGCCAGCCCGGCCGGCCGCCCGAGGUGGACGCGGCCCUGAGGGCGCGACUGGGGCGUCUCACCCAGUGGGCGGCCUGGGGCAUCCUGACGGCGGCGGCGGGCCGGGCCUGCGGGCUGGUGUCCGUGCCCUGGAGAGCCGUCCUGGGGGCCGCCGGCCUCCUCCUCGUCUUCUUCGCCUCCUGGUUCGCCAGCUUCGGCUUCGUGCGGCGGUGGAACUGCAUCCUGAUGAGGAACCACGAGGUCACGGAGCAGCCCAUGGGCCUGGAAAGGGCGACCGGACUCCUGCUGAAGGAGGCCGUGUCCUACAUGGACAGAAACAAGCACCGGCCCUUCCUCCUGUUCGUGUCCCUGCUGCAUGUACACAUCCCCCUGGUGUCCACCGGGUCGUUUGCCGGGAGGAGCCGGCACGGCCCGUACGGCGACAACGUGGAAGAGAUGGACUGGCUCGUGGGCCAACUCCUCCAGGCGCUGGAAGAGCAUGGCUUGAGAAACAAGACGUUCACGUACUUUACCUCGGACCAUGGCGGGCACCUGGAGGCGAGGGACGAGACCCUCGGUCAGCUGGGGGGGUGGAACGGCAUCUACAGAGGCGGCAAAGGCAUGGCGGGCUGGGAAGGCGGGAUCCGGGUGCCCGGCAUUUUCCGCUGGCCCGGGGUGCUGCCCGCCGGCCGGGUGGUCUCCGAGCCCACCAGCCUCAUGGAUGUCUUCCCGACGGUGGUCCGGCUGGGGGGCGGCGAGGUGCCCCGGGACAGGGUGAUCGACGGCCGCAGCCUGCUGGCCUUGCUGCGGGGAGCCGCGGAGCACUCGGCGCACGAGUUCCUCUUCCACUACUGCGGGGAGCAUCUCCACGCGGCGCGCUGGCACGAGAAGGAGCGGGGCCGGCUGUGGAAGGUCCACUACGUGACGCCGCGGUUCCACCCAGAGGGGGCCGGCGCCUGCUACGGCCAGGGCGUGUGCCCCUGCUCCGGCGCCGGCGUGACGCGCCACAGCCCGCCGCUGCUCUUCGACCUGUCCGGCGACCCUGCGGAGGCGCGGCCCCUGGCGCCGGGCUCCGAGCCGCGGUUCCACGAGGUGGUGUCGCGGGUGGGCGAGGCGGUGCGGAGGCACAGGGAGACGCUGAGCCCGGCGCCCCCCCAGUUCUCCCGGACCCACAUUCUCUGGAAGCCGUGGCUGCAGCCCUGCUGCGGGACCUUCCCUUUCUGCUCCUGCAGCCGGGACGGAGACCAGGGGGACACGUGACCUCCCGGGGUCACGGGGCGGGGUGGGGGGAGAGGCUGCCCUCGGGAAUGUGGCCCCCAGCCCGUGCUGGCAGGACGUGGAGAAAGGGGACCCUAGUGCACCGUUGCUGGGAAUGUAGACAGUGCAUGCACCGUGGAAGGCAGAGUCUGGAGUUCGCUCAGAAACCAAAAAGUGGACCUGCCUUUUGACCCAGGAUUCUGGAAAUAAAUCCUCGGACUCCCAACACACCCGUGA